AUGGAGUCGCCAGAGUCAUCGCCGUCUCCGAUGACCUUUUGUGAUUUCCCGGAAGACGUGCAGCUGGCCGUUCUAUCAUUUCUUCGUCCAGCUGAGAUCGCUGCCUUCGCCUGCACCUCUAGGCGCUUCGCCUCCCUGUGUGCACAGGACAGGCUCUGGUUCGCCAUGUGUGAUCGGCGAUGGGGUUCGAAGACUCGGAUCCGGAGCUGGAUCAGAGGGGGGAGCCGCAGCAUCAUCCCCUUCGCCCUCCUCUACAGGUCUCUAAACCGCUGGGAAAAGCUAAUUGGCUUCUGGCGGCGAAUCGCGAGGGAGUGGGGGGCCUCCUCUCUCGUUUUCUUUGAGUGGGGACCCUGCUUCAUCACCGGGUCCUUCGUCGCUGAGUCGCCGGAAGCUGGGAGCUACGGGGUGCUUAAAGUGCCCUUCCUCUGGAUAGGGCUCUCACCACGGGGGGAGCUGCUGUGUUUCCUCCACCGUACUGACCGGUUCGACUCUUCCCGGAAUGUUGAAGCAUCGGCAUCGUAUUCCGGUCUGUCAGAUGUAGAUUUUCUCCCGUCAACCAUUGGUUUCAUUGGUGAGAACCAUUUCGUCGUGGAGAAUAACACAGAUGUUCGUGGAGGAGCAGACUCUUGGAGUUCCGACGAUUUAUCUAACUCAGAGGAAUCAGCCUAUGUCGAGGAAUUCUUGUCAGACAUAUAUCAGUGCCUCGGCAACCGGACUACCUCAUUUGGGAACAAGGUCAUUGGGAAGGUGGAAAAUAGCGUAAGGAAUCAUUGGGUGACCGAGCACUUCGUGAAGAUCACCAAUUGUUAUCCGACUCCAGAGCGGCCUCUUCAAGGCCUGUGGAAGGUAUUGUUUACUUCCUGCUCUGCGCUCUGUUCUUGUUAUUAUUACCUCGUCAAUUCAGUUGUUCAGUUUAAAAAUUCCCGGAAGGCAUCUAAAUGCACGGUUCUUAGUCUGUCCUCUGACUUGCAAAGUCGUUAGCCCUAUGCAACUUUCCCGUCUGCAGUUUUUUUUCUGCCUCUACAAGCGAGAGGGUAGAACCUUGGUACCAUCCAGAUGUCACGCCACCAUGAUUCCAUUCACCAGAAUCUCCAAAAAUAAUUGCUUCCCGAUAACCUCUCACACUUUUCCAUAGUUCCCAAUAAUAUUAGCCUUUUUAGCACCAUUUUUUCUCUUCUCCCCAAUUUUUUGUGCUCUCCAAAAUUUCUCCCUAAAAUUCCCCUUCAGAAUACAGAGGUCACAAAUUUUUGUGAGGAAAGCGUCUAGAAGGCGUUACUUUCUUAAUUCAACAUUAUGUUAAUACAUUAGUAUCUAAUUUAUAGAUAUUAUAUCCUCUGUAGAAAAGAAUGCAUAUCUUUUGUCGAUAGGGCUUCUUCAUAAAUGAGCAUCGAAGUAGCUUAUCUUUCCACAGCUUCAUUUUACAUGCAUUAGUUAGAGACCAUAUUUUCAGUAUUAAAAUUUCAUAAAACAUAGUCAAACAACAAGUACCGAUGCCACAAAAGAAUGAUAUCGUUUGAAUUUGUGGUUGGAACCGUAAGGCCUGUUAGUCCACCAAAAAUGCCACAGAUUAUAUUUUCUUCUUUGAGAAAUUCUCUUUCCACCGUUGCUAAACUGUUGUCAUUUUAUGUGGCAUUUUUAUUUUUUCGGGGAACAACAAAAUGCGACUCUGGUAGCAUACGUUUGUGUACUCGUAAUUUUUUUAUUACAUCAGAAAAUGACAGAGUUAUGUCACCAGCUUGGUACCAUCUACUUUUCAUCAUGUUCUUCCUUCAUAACCAGAUUUCAUCCACCAUCUUUGUGUUCACCUGCACUCUUCUUUCACUAUACAUUCAUCGUCAUCACCUGGUGGCCUUUCUGCAGCCUCUUUAUACUGUAAAUUGGAUUACUUUGGAUGCUUAAUUCGAUCAAGAACUAACGUGCCCUUGGGAUCUUCAAACCAAAAUAGCAUUCAAGCUUUAUGAUCUCGAUUAUUGAAUUUCAUUAUUGCCUGUACUAGAUUUUCAAUCUCACAGCGAUAAUUUUAUGUAGGGGAUUGGUGAAAGCAUGAGAUUGGCCUUCUACAUCGUCACAUAUGAUAGCAUGGGAACUAUAUCAUGUCGAAGGGUUGGUGAUGUUUCUGAACCUCUCUCUGGCUAUUUACCCAUCUUUUGGACUUCAAAUACAUCAUUCCUUGAAUACCCAUUCUCUAGAAAAGAAGAUGAUAUAUUCUGUAGCCGAGAACAUAUCGGGCCACCCAGUCUGCAUUCCAUUGGAAUGAAAAAAGUUGUCUCAGGCAUCUUCUAUACAAACUCUAGCUAUGAUUUAGUUAGUGUGGAUUCAUCUGGAUCAACUGUAGACUACCAAAAUGUGGAGGGUAGGAUAUGGCUCUAUAAUACAGGUACUUUUGGAUUUGGUUUUCUUCGGAACAAUUAUAUUGUGGACUUGACUCACAUUGCAUUGAAUGGAUGCCUCCUUGAUACUGUGGAACCCUCGUCUGAGUCGUGUUAA